UCGACACAAAUAAGAUUUUCGCAUUUGUGGAGAACGUGCAACGUAGGAUGUUUUACUGCUCUAUUCUCUGAUUGACGAGUUGACGAAAUUUGUGAAGAAAGAGAGAAUAAUAUUGUGAUAGUUUACUUUUAAAGAAUACAAAAUGUUUGGGUUUGGUUUUCUGGAAAUGCCUCGGCCAUUUAAUACCCAAUACAGGUGUUAUUCAGUCUCCAUGUUGCCUGGUCAAGAACGUCAAGAUGUUGAAAAAGGAGGAAAAAUUAUAAUGCCACCCUCUGCCCUGGAUCAGUUGACAAGGCUUCAUAUUGUGUACCCAAUGUUGUUUAAAUUGACAAACCCUAGAGAGGGUCGUAUUACUCAUUGUGGAGUAUUAGAAUUUGUUGCAGAUGAAAGUAAAAUAUACCUACCUUACUGGAUGAAGGUGAUUUGCUUAACAUUGAAAGUGCAUCAUUACCUGUUGCAACCUUCUCCAAGUUUCAACCACAGUCUGAAGACUUUUUGGAUAUCAGCAAUCACAAAGCUGUUUUAGAAAAUGCUUUGCGUUUUAAAUGGUCAAG